UUGAUGGAUAUUUAAGUUUUUUCCACUUUUUGGCUACUAUGAAUAAUGAUGCUAUGAAUAUUUGUGUACAAGUUUUUGUUUAUCUGUAUUUGUUUCUAAUUAGUUAACUUUUCAAUCCACCUGGAACAUAUUGUGAUACAGGAAUCUAUUUCUUUUCCUUCCAAAACAGCUAAUCUGAGUACAGAAUCCUAGACUUUCCUACCCUCCCUGAAAUUUUUUAAAGUUGUCUUGUACAAACAUAACACUACUGUUGUUGCAAAGUAUUCAACUUGGUUUUGAAGAGAGUAACUUUCUGAACAAAUACUGCAUCAGUUUAUGCAAUAUUUGAUAAAAAUAUGAAACACAAAAGUAAAUUUUGAUAAGUACAAUGGGCUCUUAUUAAAUAUAUAAAUACAAAAUGAGCAUAAUGUGCAGUUAUAUUAGAGAAGAGCCAGCAUUCAGGACACCACAGAAUAUUGGCUAACACUACAAAGUCAAUUAAGGGAGCAUAUACCAUGCUGAUUGUCCUAUACUGAUUCUUAUUCUGAUUGCUCUAUUAAUCCUGAUUACUCGAGUUUAGUUCAAUUUGUCUCUUCCAUCGUGUUGGCUUUCUCCAGAUGUUUGGUGAUAGAUUACAGGCUCAUCUCUACUCGAAUAACUUGCGGGUGGAGAGAAGGCUGUGAUGGGCAGUAGCUUUUGCUCUGCCUUGAACUAUUUUCAAUGUGGGGAUGCUAAGAACCCCCAAAACAGUUCUUCUGGAAAGGGUUGUUCUUCAUUCUUGCCAGGCAUUAUAAGUAAUGGGACAGGAGUAGAGGGGAAUGUCCUGCCUCUCCACACCAAUCUCCUAUUCUUAGAAUUUCAGUGUUAUAUGUCAAUUAUAUCUCAAUAAAAUUGGGGUGGGGGGAGAAAUUUCAGCUUGAUAGCAGAUAUCCUCCUUGCUGAUAUAUGGCACAGGCAGGGAGAGAUGCUUUUGUGGAGAUUUUCCAACUACUCGGUCUUUUACCAUGGGUCUCCCCUUUCCUCUCCACCUCCACCAUCUCCAGAAAUGGUACACCCUCAGUGUUGCACCAUUUUCCUGCACUAAUCUUCCUUCUGUCACUGGGGCUCCCCUCUGGAUCUCCCCUCUACUUUAUGCCUUGUUAGUUUCUCAGUUUUUGAUCUACCAAAACUCUCUUUGUUUUUGAGUAUACAGAUACAUAUGUUUUAAAUAUAUUUUUCAUAAUUUCUAUGGGUUUGGUAGGAGGAAGAAGAGAUUCCAUGGGCUUACUUCAUCCUCGUAAAUCUACUAUUCGUUUCUGACAGAUAUUCUUUACUAAGUGAAGGAAGUUUUCUUUAUUCCUAGUUUUCAAAGAGAUUUAAACACAAAGGAAGCUAAGCUUUAUUAUCAGGCUUUCAGUACUUGCUGAGAUACCAUGACUUUUCUCUUUUAGCCUAUUAAAAUAACUACAUUACAGAUCACUAAAUGUGAAUUCUGUAAAAAAUUCUUGUCUUCACGUUAUGCUACAGUUUUACUAUAGGACACAGUCAAUUUAUCAACUUUUUUGGAAGUGCUACAUAUAUAUUUGUAAGUUAAUUGGUAUUUGUGGGUAAAUGCUAACUUUUUCAGAUUUAUGAAUCAUGGUUCUGCUAACCUCAUAGUAGGGAAAUUUGUCUUCAUUCUAGGACAGCAUAAACAACAGAAUUUUUUUUGAAAGAUUUUCUAGGACUCUGUACUUUGUCAUUUUGUGAGGAAAAGUUUUUCAUACAUAUUUAAUGGUUGAAAAAGCAAAGUGUUCAGAAUUGUUUAAACCACCAAGAAGUAACUCUCCUAACUCCCCAGAAAAAGCCAUUUAUAACAAUUUGAUAUAUCUGUCCAGAUAUAUCCUAUACAAAUGCAUGUGUACACAUAUAUACAUGUACUCGUUAUGUGCACAUGUAUCUUUUAACAAAAUGGCCUCCUUCUGUUUUGCAACUUGCUUUUUUCACUUUUCGAAUUUAUUCUUUAAUAGCUUCAUAGUAUACUGCCUGGAUAUGCUGUAAUUUAUAGGUCCAUAAAAACACUUGCUUUGGUUGUCCUCAGUGUUUUACUACCAAGACAAUACUAUAAGUAAUGUCCCUGUACAAAUAUAUUUGUACUCUUUUAUAUCUUGGCUAAAUUGCAAGAAGGGGAAUGGGUCAAAGACUGAUACUGCCAUAUUAUCUUCCAGAAGUGUUUAUACCAAAUGACUUCAUGGGGUAGAUUUUGACAAGACGACUUUAAAGCACUAUGUAAAAACUUGAAGCCAUAAUGUAAAGACAAAUAAAUUUUACUAUGUAAGAACUGAAAUUCUCUGUUAAGCAAAAAUGUCAUACACAAAGUCAGGGUACUGAGGGCUUUUACCAAAAUUUAAUUUAACAUCUUUAAAACUAGGCCAGGGGAGGCAGGCUCGGAUGGUCCAAGGAGCUGCAGCCACCCUUCGAGCCCUCCUUGCCGACACUAUGCUCCAGUUCCUGCUUGGAUUUACUCUUGGCAAUGUGGUGGGAAUGUAUCUGGCUCAGAACUACGACAUACUUGAAGAAAUUAAAAAGGACGUGGACGCCAAGAAGAAACCCCCUAGUUCAUGAGGCCGACUCUAGCACUGCCUCCUGGAUAAACUGAUUCUACUGUUCUUGAGGGCCUCCUUUACCAUCUGAACCAAAAGCUUUUGUUUUCAUCUCCAGCCUCAGCAAUUUUCUUCUUUGCUAGACCCUGCAUUGCCUUACACCACAAAUGGGGCCACAAGUUAAGAACAACCCUUACUUUUCCAACAUCCUCACUUCUUCCCUUCCUCCUUCCAGCCACUUGGGAGGUCCUGAGAAUGGAAUUAUGGUGCUAGAUUAG